CGCCAUUGUGAGAGCGAAGCUCGGUGAGUGCAGAGGUCGAGGCUUCCGCGGAGUACAAACAAACCAACAAAUAAACAAACAAGCAAGACGGAUUACCGGCGCGUUUCUCCUCCAUGUUCGUCUUCUUCGGCUGUUUCCUCCUCACCGUCCGCAGCUCCACUCCCGGCCUCACAGACCGAAGACACCCAUGCAGCAGAGGAGACCCUGGAUGGGUCUACAUGUGAUUUAUGUUGGCUAACGGGCUGAAGAGGAAGCUCCGUGACCAUGAGGACAGUUUGGAGGAGGUGGCGUGCCCUCCGGUGGCGGGGACCGUGUCUCAGGCGUCCGCCUCUCUGCAGCGUCAGACCGUCCUCAACAUGUCGCUCGUAAAGCUGUACGGCCCCCAGCUCGGCGCCGACCUCCGUCUACGUCGCCGGGUCCUCAUCAACAACAUCAUCCGCCGUAUCCAUGACGACCUCAGACAGGAAGGAGGCGUGGGCACUCUCUUCCUGUCCGCCACUCCCUCCAUUGCCGCCACAAGCCGAGACCAGGACAGCUACCGGCCGUCUCUGUCGGGGCUGACGGCGCUGGACUCCUGCCUGACGCCCGCCUCGCUACUGGAGGAGGAUCUACCCAUGUUCUUCACCCUCCCCUCCUCCUCCUCUCAGCUCCACCUGCACCACUCCCCCAGACUGCCGCCACCCAGAGACAGCUUCUCCUCCGCCCUGGAGGAGAUCGAGGAGCUCUGUCCCUCCUCGUCCUCCUCCAGGCCACCGUCCCCUCCUCCUCAGAGCACCACAGAUGUGGUCAUGACGGAGGAGGAGGGGCGGGGCUUAGAGGGGGUGGAGAGCAGGGUGGAGAAGCCUCUUCCUGCCGCUCCGCCCUCCUCUGCCUCCUUCCUCACAGACUUCGCUCUGGACGACGUCCUCUUCACAGACAUUGACGCGUCCAUGUACGACCUCGGACCCUGUCCGCCCCCUUCAGGAGCUCCACCCACUAAGAUGGCCCCUGUCAUGAUGGCAGUGGGCGGGACUCAGAGCACGCCGUUUAAAAUGGACCUGGCUGAACUGGACCACAUCAUGGAGGUCCUGGUGGGCAGCUGAGAGGAGAAAGACCUGGUCUUUCUCUCUGUUAGGUUUUUAAAUGUCAAGGUCCGUCACACUGGCCGAUGCGGAGGCGCCAAUUCAAACAAAGUCGCACUGAUUUACUUUUUCAUCACCAGUUUGGCCGAGCUGAGCCAAGAUUGGUGCUCUGGGCUGAGCGUGCCCACUAGGGACGGGUGUUAAUACCGUUAUCCCAGAGUAUUAAAAAUAGCCACAGUAUUGGUGUAAUCACCAUCAUGAAGACGCUGCUGCAUAAUGACACACUUUUAUAACAUCUUGAGAGAAUUUGUCCCCUUCAGCAGAAGUUAACAGAAGCUAAAGCUGUCUUCAUCGGUUUAAAGGCACAGGGAACUUCAGUCUGAUGAUAGCUGAUGAUCAUUUCUCUCAUUAAAUCAGAGAGGAGGGAGGAGAGAGAGGGAAAGAGGACGAAGAGGUAAAAGAUUAACCUUGUUUGCUCUUCGUCUAUAGUUCAGUUUAUUCAUUAAGUUUAAAAGCAGUUCUUCAGCAUAAACCACAUCAGCGCUCCUGUGAACAUUGACGUAUAAAUGUCUUUAAUGUCAGACCUGGAGCAUUCUGGUUCAGGAUUUAGUGAAACCCCGUUGGAGGUGCGCUGUGCUUGCACACAGACAAGGGGUUAUCAUCAUUUUGGGACGCCUAGCAGACGUGUUUACGGCACAACCGCGGCACCAAACAUUGAAAUUAGGGAUGCACCGAUGCUGCAUUUUUCCAGUUAGUUUUCUUUUCAGAGAUGUUCCUUAUUCCUCCUCUCCACAGUUUUUCAGUGCGUGGUUUAUAUUCUGCUCUGCUUUAGUCGUCCUCAUUUCUGUUAAAAUAUUCUUCAAACUGCACACAUGGAUCCAACUUUGACUACAUGCUGAGUAGUUUCUGCUGUGAUUCAUGAGUCCUGUAGGAGUACUUAGACCUGGUUUACCCAAUACUUGUAUGGGUAUGUGUGCGUCCCUGUCUAAGAUACCUGCCAGGGGUGCAGAUGGGUUAGUGAUUAAAGGCGUGCUCCAUGUAAGCAGGUGGCUCAGGUUCGAAUCCGGCCUGUGGCCCUUUCCACUCUCGUCCCCGUUUCCAACUCUACCCGCUGUCCUCCUCUAAUAAAGCCCCAAAAACUAAACCUGAGAAUCUAAAACCCCUGCCAGAUGACCACUAGAAGAAGAAGAAACCUUUUCAACAGAAGCUCAGCUAUUUAACAUCAUCUUCUCUUAAACAGGUCGCUUGGUUGUGAUGGAAAACCAAAUCUUCUGCUGCAGGUCGAGCCGCUCCAUGAAAUGAAAAAGCCCCAAAGACGCCGUUUACAAGAAUUUCAAAAACAUCAGCACAGAUUAAAACCUAAAAAAUCCUUUAACACUUUAUAUAAGUGGAUUUUUGUUAACUAUUCCAAGAUCUGGAUCCCAGAGGAUUUUAUUUACAGUCAUCUUCUCUUCAUGGACUCAGUGUCAUGGUUGAUUUGGUGCUGGAUUAAUGAGUGACACUCGAUGAACAGUGGAGCAUGCUCAGAACACCCUGACUGGAUCAGGGCUGACUGGCGAUUAUACAUCAGAAUAAUUCGACCCUUAUGGUCGAGUAUUUCCCGGCAAAACCAGCCUCAGAAUUCAGAAACUCAUGUUUUCAUGUUUUUGACAGAAAAUAGAAAAAAAGAGACAAACAGAACAAUUUUUAAAUUUAUUUAUUUGGUUUUUUUUUUUUACACACAAUAAUAAUAUCUGAAGCAGUCCAGGUUUCUUUAUUUAUAUUAAUUUAUUUUCCUCCUAAUAUUAACAUUGUCCAUUAAAACACCUGUGCUUUUUCCACUGACAGAGGGCUUUUAUUUUGAAAUGUUCACUUGUCCCAUUGGGUUUCAUGAUUUCCUUUUCCUCAAGUAUUUCAUGAAAACAAAAAAAAACAUAAUUGGGAAAAAAAACAACAAAAAAAACAUUUUUUUGUGAAUGAAAUGUAAAAACAGGAAACAGUUUGUUCAUUAAUUUUUUCAGAAAAAAAAUGUUUUUGACAGAAAAUGUUCAAAGUGGAAAUAGAACGAGAAAACGAUUUCCUCCUGAUUUCUGAGGCCGGUUUCAAACAGGAAAUGGAACAGUUAGCAAACACACAGACCCCUCGUCCGGUAUCUUAGCGUGUUCAGUCAGACCAGGGUUUACAUGCCCGUAGAUAAAUCUCCUUUUCUGCUGUCAUGUAAACGCACUGACCGCAUGGCGAGCGUCCAGAGAGCAGACGCUCCGUCUUCACCAGGCCAGUGUGACGUUCUGUCUCUUUUUCUACUGAAUGUCUGAGAACUGUAAAGAACAAACUUUUCAGAGACUUUUUUACUGUUUGCAUGUUUUUUAAAAAUGAGAAAUUUUAAUAAGCAUUUAUAUAAAAACGGUCCUGUGCCUUUUUAAACCUCUGAUCACACCGCCAUGCCUUCUCUCUGUAUGAAUGUUUGUGUUGAUUCUAAAAGUCAAAUAGACGACCUGGAACAUGAAUUAUUCUGUCAGCCAAUGAUGUGAGACUUUAAAUUCUAUAAA